CUCCCUCGUAAGUAUUCAAUUUAGUUUCUACUCAUUUGAAAGUAUACAUCUGUUUUGGUCAUAUAUGGAAAUAUUCGACAUAUUACCAUAGAAAACUGUAAAACACUAAGCUUUUAUUUUUUUUAUUCAGUUAUGAUGUUAAAGGAAAAUAAGAAAAUGUUUUGAAAUCUUUAAAACCGAGGGGGUAAUUCUCAGACAGUGGUAAACACAACAGCCGAAAAGUUUUGGAAAAACAUGAGCAGUGACACAUUUGUAAGGAGUUAGACAAACUUUUUAAGGAACCAUAGACAAGAAAAAUGGAUGGUCAUUUGUGAUUCAAAAUGGGCAAAACAUCACGUUUGUAGAUAGAGGUUGAAGGCCAUGUUUGAAACAUGAGGUUGGUAACCAUUGUGUUGCUAUGGCAUGUGAUGUGUUGCUAUGGAGAUGGCAUGCAGCAUCUGGUUUUACUGGACAGCCUUCCCCAGUCCUUCCAGUUGAAUUCUACACCAGAUGUUGUCAUCACCACCAAUUUCAGCGGGUCGGUUAGCUUCAAGGAGUCCAGUGAUUUCAAGGUCCUGCUGAACAUUUCCUCACCAAGUAUUGAUGAUGCCUACUCGGUGAAAGCAGCCAUUCAGGAAAGCAAAGGGAGACUACUGAUACAAGUGUUUGAGGAAAGAAUAUCAGGAUCUGUGAUAAGCCUGCCAUGGAUUUUCAUUGGGAUCGGAGUGGGGGCUCUGAUAGUGGCAGGCCUGGCUAUUUUGUGGGCAGCCCGAUGGUACUUUACCAAACAGCACCUAAAACUCCAGGAGGACAACCUCAGCUAUGGCAAUGUGAUGAAGCGAUCCCGCCACAGCAUUCAUUUGUCUUCUACCCAUGCUGCCGAGUCUGUAGGCCAGGAUGGUGAGGAGACUUUGAUGGGGGUUCCUGAGGAGCCAGAAGAAGAAGAAGCUGAAAACAGAAAAAUGGCCGAGGUUCGACUGUCCCACCAUUUCGAUGAUGAAAAUGAUGACAGUGAAGAGAAGCGGUUUCUUCCCCAACAGAAGUACAGCAGCUCUGCCAGGAUUCAGCAGAAGUACGUCAGACAACACAGCCACAGGAAAAGACACCCCUCUCUUAACGAUCCCCCCUCCUACAACACCGUGAUGGACUACCCCAACAGUGAUGAAUCGGAUGGUGAGGGAAACACUCAGAAGAGGCAACUAGAACCUUUACUGGAGGACAGCCAAGCCAGCAUUGACAAGAGGUCAGAGAAUUCAUUCAUUUACCAGGAAUCGGAUGUUCGACUCUACCGGGGAAUCAAUCAGCCGAUACUACCGGUGGCAAGGUCGGAUGGUGACAUUGAAAAUCGUAAUUCAGCCAGACAAAAAGCUCCCUAUCAGAUUCCCCAGCUAGGAAAAUUAUCCAGCAGCAAGGCUAGCAGCAGAAGUUCGAUAAAAAGAGAUGACCCAACUACACCACAAGAAACAAGCAGAAGUUCCAUAAAACGAGAUGAUCUACCGAUAACACCCCAGGAAAACAGCAGAAGUUCACUCAGAAGAUAUGAACCUGUCACACCACAGGAAGAGCGAAGUAAAUCUCCAUUUAGUGGUGCAGAAGUUUAUGAUAAAAAAUCCUUAGCAGGGGACAAUUCAUCUGGUAUUGUACAUAUGGGGACAGCACGGGGGCCUCCUGUUCAGCCACCGUUGUCUCCAGUGGAACCAGGCACCCCCAGACCUGAUGGUAAUUCCAUGGACAUUCCACUGACUAGCUUCACAGGAACUCUACAGAGACAAAAAUCAGGGAGAACCCGGACAACAAGUUUAUUCAUUGACCCAGAAGCACCAGAGGAAAAGGAUGUGUUUGAAGAACCCGAUUAUGGUGAUGACGACGACGAUGAUGAUGAUGACAUAUUUGCACCUCGUGUGCCUGGUCCUGACGGCAGGAAACGACACAUUUCUGGUGAAAGCAGAACUAGACAUCUGUCUGGUGAGCGACAUCAGGGUGAGAGAAUCAGACAUCCCUCUGGAGAACUGAUGUAUAGAGUUCCGAUGGGGAGUAGUCCAGCUAGAGUGCCAUUGGGAAGCAGUCCAGUGAGGAAUCCAAAUGACAGCAGUCCAGCAAGACUGACUGCUAAAAUCAGUCCCUCAAGACAUCCUGAGAACCGCUUACGGAAUCCUCAGGUGGAUCGUUAUAGACACCAGUCUGGAGACCGGACGCGAUUUAGUGUUACCAGUGAUGGAUCAUUAUAUGGAAGCUCAGACAAUUUUGAAAAGAGAGGCACAGACAAUAAUUAUGAAGACAUUGACUCGGAUAUGGACUUUGAGAUGCCGCCAUUGGAUUCUGAUCCAGAUGUGUUGUCGGAUGUGAGUCUUCCCCUGCCGAGUCCACCAGCUUUUGUGAAGCAAGCCUCCAAGGAAGCAAGGUCUCCGCUCCGAAGCUUUGCGUACGAUGAAGUUCCCACCGCUAUGUCUUUACCCCUCUCACCUUUUGGAGAUUUUGGAGGAGGGACGUACAUCACUAUAGCUGCCUCCCCUUCAAGCACUGUGGACAGGCCACACUUUGUCUUUCCACCAACCAGCCCCAUGGCUACAGACAACACGAAACCACCAGAUAGUGAAUCGGAGAGUCUGCCUCCUCCACCAUCACAACAGAAUGGAGAGGCAUCAGGUGGCUCCAUGCUUCCUCCACCUCCAAAGUUCUACCGUCCUGCACAGAAACCUUCUUGGCACAAGGCUGUCCCCUCUUCAACUAGAAAUGGAGGUCCUGAGCAUGUUAAUUCAAGUAAGAAUGGUGGACCAGAGUAUGCUAAGAUUCAGAGGCAAGGUAGUCAGAGACAGGAACCAGACAAUGGAAACCGCAGUGGAGAACCAGCUACAGAAGGUCCCUCCAGGAGUGGUAGCGUUAAAAGGAAAAACAUUCCAGCAAGACUCCACCUCAGUAUAGUGUGUUCUCUGUGUUUGUUGAGUUUGAUUGGAGGAGUGUACAGUAAGAUGAAUGUAACAGGGACCCAGGUCCACAUCACUGUAUAUGCUCCCAAGCAUUUCUUCCACCAGAAAAUUGAAGUUUUCUUCCACCAGAACAAGCCUGCCUAUGUGGUGGAGAAUCCCUAUCAAGUCCAGGCUUAUGAUGUCCGGGAACCCAAACUGGACAGCUUAAACUCCUCCAAGUGUUACAAUUCUCAAUGUCCCCAAGGAUGUGAUGAGGACACGGGCCAGUGUAUCUGUAAAAAGGGUUACCGACCCGACGCCCACAAUAAAUGUCAAGAUGCGAAUGAGUGUAGAGAUGGCUCCUUUCUGUGUCAUGAAGAUGCUGGGUGCCUGAACAUGAUCGGUUCCUACUACUGUAUCUGCAGCCUGCCGUUCUAUGGGAAUGGCAAGUCAUGUGAGGAGUGUAAUGCUCCAUGCAGACCCGGAACAUAUCAAAAGGGAUCGUGUGAAAUCAAUGAGCAGAAACAGUGCAUUGAAUGCACUAACCAGUGUGACAGAGGUUUCUACAUGUAUAGCAAAUGUGGAAAAAGGGAUGAUUCUAGUUGUCGCAUGUGCCAUGGAGAAUGUUUAGACAGUCACUAUGAGUACCAGAGAUGCACACAGUCACAGAAUAGAGUCUGUAAAGGGAGAGAGGAAUUGAAGCCACCUGUGGGCGGUCCUAAUGUCAUCAUGGAGGACAGAGAUGAUACUUACAAGAACGACAUGACCACUAUCCACCACAGAGAAAGUACCCCUGGUCAGAACACGCACACCUUCAUGUUUUCUAAAGGUUCUGGAUUCUACAUUGAGGUGGCCUUGAAGUACCUCCAUCCAGCCCCUAUCUUUUCUCCUGUCAAUCACACCAGUCAGAAUGAGCUGGACAGCUUCCAGGGAGACAAAUCUGUGUUGGAGAGUUACUGUCCCUUUCCAAUUCCUGUCAAAUAUCAACUUUAUUACAAAGCCCAUAAGAACAUUACUUACAAGGAGAAACAGAAAUUUGGACAUACACUUAUUAGGCCCUGUAAAACGUACACCCAACACGGCCAGUACCCACCGCAGGAUGACACGACAGAGGGGUCCAUCAUGUGCUCUCAGCCAGGCCCAGUCAGCGGAGUCUUCUCUGUGUUAGACACCCAGUUCACCACCAGUACAUCCACAUGGGUGGAGAAAACGGAGAGCUGUCUGCUGAGUAAUGCGGCCUGUCUGAACUGUACCAGACACUGUGCCAGACAGAUGUUGUUACAGCCGGGGGAGUGUUCAAUAGCCGGGGGUGACAAAGGCCAGUCUCCACGACUCCCAGAAUGCUUCACAUGCUGCACGCAGAGCAACUGUAGCGACGUCUGCAAAACUUAUCAUGACUACAUCUGUCAGACAGAGAGAUGCAAGCAAGGAGACCUAAUUGAAUUUAGGCUGAAACCUGUGUACCAUCCUAAAGGUGACUUUUUGUGUCACAUGGCUCCAUCGCCGAAUCAGAAACUCCUUGAACUAGAAUACACAAUCAAACAUUACUACAACACAUUGAUGACACAGAGUUUUACCAUAUAUGGCGACGAGACAUGGCAGAAGACUGGAAAACUUAAAUCAGAUAAGCACAUUGUUAAAGUGGAGGUGGACUCCAGGUUGGAUGUGAUACCGGACAUCAUUGAAGGGUCCCCUGGUCAGAGAGAUGUAACAGUGGGCAAGUACAGAACUGCGGGGGAGAGUGUCAGAAGUUCCUACAUCCAGGGGUCUUCCGCGCCGGUCAGGCCAAUCAAGCCCUACAUCGAAACAUCACAGACAUUUGGUAAAAAACAUUGUGAUGAUGAUGCUUUGGAGUACUUGAUCUCAACCAACUCUGGGCAACCCUUCCAACAUCUGCAGACUCUGCAGGGCCGUUACCUAGGAAACUUCACCUAUGUUGUCACCAACAGCUCUGCCCAGUCAUUGGUGAAGAUAGGAGUCUCAAAGCACUCCUCCAUUUUGUUUUCACUGUAUCCUGGAGCAACUCUGAAAGAGGGAAGUUUGAAGGGCAAUAUUUCCCAUAAUUCCACCCACUGGAAUCUGAAUGUGACGGGGGAAGUGGAGUCAUGUCCAGGUAUUCUGAAUGUAAACAUCACGGAUGCGAAAUAUCCCAGCCGACCUCUGUACCAGUAUGACAUACAGGUCAAGUGUCCUCAAAACUUCUUUCUGGUGUUUUCUGUACCUAGUGGCGACAGUCCACGGUCAGACAAACAGUUCAUCGUUUCCGUCAGGGACAAUGUCAGACGAUUCCAACUUCACGUGUACCGUGCCAGGGCAAGCCAGCUUAACACAUUAAGUGGUCGGGAAUCCCAGCUUGUUCAUUCCACAGAGGCUGUAGUCCCUCCUCAUUUCUCGGUCCCGUUCAUCGUGUCCGUCUGCGGAGGAGUAUUACUGCUCAUUUUUGUGUCAGCGGUUGGAAUUGUUGUCAAAUUUGGUCAGCCUCUGGGAGACGUCCUCCAGUUCCGAUGGUGUCAUCUGGUCCUGAUGGUGAUUUAUAUGACAUUCCAGUUUAUAUACGCAGCCUGUGUCUCAAUGACUGUCUUCUACCUAGUCAUCAUUGCCAGUAAUAGUGACACCACAGCAUUUCUGAGAAACUACCAACACCAGCGAUCUGUGAAAACAGCAUUCAGUAGUCUGGAGUUGGACCACUUGCAGCACCAUUUAGAGGUGGAGCUUCAGCGACAAAGCAAGAUGGCAGCAGGCUCAAAAGAACAGUGCGAGGUCAAAAUGAGGAGUGUUAUUCAGAAAUUCAAUGAGGUGAACAGCUUGCUUGAGAAAGAAGUAAAAGACAGGGUAACUGUUGAUAAUAUCAAAGAUCUUCUGUCACGACACAACGAAGAUCUCAUACAACAGUUCACAAGCAAUCUCAACAACUACAAAGAGCGAUACAAGAGUUAUAUCAAACACACAAAAAAAGUGUUUACAGCCAACAUCGAGGAAACCUAUCGCAGCGUGGAAAGAAGUAAAUGGUUGGCUGGCCCAGAUUUUCUCCACAAAACUGUCAAGAACUUCGGAGACUUGGAGGGACGUUCUACUAAACCUUUCAUGCAGUGGUUAGGAGUACAACAGAGCCUAACUCAGAUAUCUGGAGAUGAUGUCACCAUUCCACUCCCCCAAACUCCCAGACUUUCCAAGGUGUUCAGCUCAGGAUCACAGUCGUCUAGUCAUGCUUCCAGUGCCCACUUCAACAGACCAGAGAGAACUGUCCACAAACACAACAUGUGGUUCUUUGCAGACGACCCAUUCAAAGCCAAAGAAAACCAGACAAGGUCAUCUAAAGAUCAAGCUCACACCACUGAGGCACCCCAGUACAGUGGUUACAGUGGAUUUUUCUUUGUUAUGGCAAUAAUUGACCUAAUCUGGUUCCUCCAUCGUAUCCUCAAGUCGGUCGGGGUGGCUAGGCUGCUGCUUUACGGAUAUCCAAUCUUUGUUGGCAUUAGGGAGAAAACAAAUGAUAGAAACCCUGAUGGGUCAGCUAAAAGGCAGAGUCAGAUCUUUCAGUCAGGGGCUGCUAAAACAUUUAAAAAAUUCUUCAUCAAAAUGUUGUCCAGUAUGUUUGUGCCAAAAGUCAUCGCCACCAUUUUUGUGUGCCUGUUUAUAUAUCUCGUCUCUGUGACAACAUUCCAUUUUGUCAACAGAGAGACAUUUAGCUACUUAGGGUACUACAACAAUAUGGAUGAUCUUCUGAAGCUGAACGAGGACUUUGUGAAUCACAGAAUUGAGGCCCAUGCAAACAGAAUUAACACUAUGGAGUACCCCUCAUAUCAGGAGUUAAUGAACAUGUAUGUACAGCGCCAUCUAUACUUGCACCGAACACUGGAGAAUCAGUGGCGCCACCUGCAGGAAGCCCACAGUGGCUUCUAUUGCAGAUACAAGCAGAGUCUGGAUCCAAAUGCUAAAUGUACUGAGGGACUGGAAUCUAGAUUUGGGAACAUGGACAUGGAAGUGUGCCAUUUUGAGCAGAUUGAACCUAAAUUCUAUUCAAAUGGCCACGUGUCGGACUCGUCAGUGGCAGAAAUACAAAUGGAUGCUUUCCUGACCAACAUAAGGAAACUGAUCUCAGAUACCUGUCACAUAAUACUCAUCUACAUGUCAGUCAUCAUCAUCAAAGAACUAUUAGGCACUGUGGUCUGGCUCUGCCUUAAAAGGUCUGCAUUUAUAAACCUGCGUUUGAUCUAUGAAGCCGACAAACCACCGCCCACUGCCACAGGGAGAGACAGAUGAUGCAAAUCAAAAACAGUUUAGUUUGAGUGUGAAGAAAAUCUUCCAUGUACAUUUUACGUGGUGCCAGAGGCAUUCUAGACUUGGGUGGGACAAUAGUCUGGAAGAACUUGCAUUAUAGGAAGAACUAUUGCAUUAUUAUUUAUUGCACAGCAACAGAUUUUAAUGUGUAGAUUGUGUUUGGUGCGUUGCUGGCUAGAAAAUGCAUUUUGGAAGAAUGGGCAAUGUCUUGCAGUUCCUUCUGUAAUUUACCAAUUAUAUUUGAAUUGUUUUUUAAUAUGAAACUUGAGAUCUCAUUUAUUUUCAAUGCUGGUAAUUAUUCACAUAUGGCAUAAUACUUGGUGUGUUUUGUUGUAAAAGUGAUAGCCGACUUGGAUCACCUUUUCCACAACAUACGAAGAAUUUAGAAUUAUAAAACAAUGGCUUUAAACUUCCCAAAGUUCCAGAAGAUAAUUGUAGUGUAGAUAUUUGUACAUGAUUUAGAAGUAAACCUAGAUGUGUUGUUAAAUUUGUAUUGUUAUCAGAAGGUGCUCGUUUGUUUCUUUGACUUAGGGACACAGCCAUAAAAUUGUCAGUGUCUGUGAUAUUUGUUUUCUUACAAUAUGAUUCUCAAGAGGAAAUUAAGAUUGCUGCAUUUUUAGUUAUAUAAAUUUUCAUUUUUACAGUUGAGGAAUCAUAAAACCGCAAUGCAUCUAAGUACUUAUUGGUACAUGCAUGUCCGGUUUCUGUAUCAAAGUUACAGGAAACUUGUGUUUAUUCUGAUGUAUUUUUGUGAAAUUCUUCCUUGUAUUUAAUGAGAGGAAGUCUUGUAACAGAUUUUUAUUCAAAAUUCUUGACUUUUUAUAUUAUUUUGAAACCCAGUACAGAAAUUCUUAAUACAACAUGUUUGUAUUAAUGGAACUUUGUAAUACUUUUGAUUACUAAUAAUAAUCAGUGUCCUAGAGAUAGGAGUACCUUUUGACUUGUACUUAAAAGCUAGUCAUAAUCCAAAUAAUGAACAAAGUCAUCUAUGAAGGUCUUGCUGUUGGUGCAUUUGAAACUUCUCAGUUUUUAUUAUAAGUAAGCUUUAUAUGAAGUGUGUUCAUGAUGCUAGAAUUUCUUCUUAGGAGUUGGAAGGUGUUCAGAUAUUAAUACAGGUGAUUGAAAAACUCGGGGUUUGACCCAAGCAAUGUAGUAACUGAUAGUCAUGUGACUUCUUUGGCUGCUUUUGACACUAAGGUUGUGUGAAUUGACCAAUAAAUUGAAAGUUGGAUUUUGUUCAAAUUACUUGAACAAUAUUAGCGAGUUUACACAUAGAUGCACCAAAUAUUGCUCAGUGAAAGCUUUAGAAGAUUUAUUUUAGUAGUUUUGUUAAUAGUAUUAUAAAUUUUAUUCCACCAAAGUUUAUUUUUAACAUUUUAUAGUCAUGUUUUAAUGCAGCUUGCCUGGAUAAAUAGAGGGUGGUGUAUCAAACAAUGUUAUAUGUAUUUGAGUGUAUCAUUGAGAUUCUGUGUUGAGGAUGUGGCUACGUCUCGUCCCGAGACUAACAGACGAGACUAACAAGUAAUUUCAGUUUCAAAAAAAGCCAUGAUUUCCGGCACAGUCAAUGCUUUUAUACAGAUUAUAUAUUUUUUUGUAACAGAUCAUGUACCAUAAUUUCUGUAUGAAGACGGUUGUGUGAUGACACACAUUUUGUUAUUUAGACGAUGCAUUUGUUAGUGCUCUGUGUGACAUUGCUGUUUGUGAUCUCAGUUUCUAUCGCCACAUUAAAGAAAAAAACAUGA